CUUCACCUCGAUAAAUUCUCUUCCCCUCACACAGAUCAUCUCUGAUAAGCCUUCCUCCUCCAGCGCCGCAUCCUUCUCCGGCCUUUUGAGGAGAUCUAAGAAGGAAUGGAAUGCGUGUUUGGACUUGUGGGAGAUGGCUUUGCGCUGGUGGCGGCGGACAGCUCCGCCGUCAACAGUAUCCUCGUGCACAAGUCCAACGAGGAUAAGAUCAUGAUCCUCGACUCUCACAAGCUUCUGGGAGCCUCAGGCGAGGCAGGCGAUCGGGUUCAGUUCACCGAAUAUAUCCAGAAAAACGUUCACCUCUACGAGUUCCGUAAUGGAAUUCCUCUCAGCACUGCUGCCGCCGCCAACUUCACCCGCGGUGAGCUCGCUCAAGCCCUGCGCAAGAGCCCCUAUUCUGUUAACAUUCUGCUAGCUGGAUAUGACAAGGACAUCGGCCCAUCUCUCUACUACAUCGACUACAUUGCUACUCUCCACAAAGUAGACAAAGGUGCAUUCGGCUACGGAUCCUUUUUCAGCUUAUCAAUGAUGGACCGACACUACCACAGCGGCAUGUCACUGAAGGAAGCUGUCGACUUGGUCGACAAGUGCAUCGUAGAAAUCCGAACCAGACUGGUUGUUUCUCCGCCAAACUUUGUGAUCAAGAUUGUCGAUAAAGACGGUGCCAGGGAGUAUGCUUGGCGUGAGACAAUCAAAGAUGCUGAAGUGCCUACUGCUUGAGAACUCAAUGAUGUGAUAUGUUUCUAAGUAAAUUGCAAUGUGUGGAGCAGACAUACAUGCAGUGCGUUGUUGGGAACAUUUUCUGAACCUACCUUCUUCCACUUAUUGUUGAACUUAAUUUAAGUAAGAUUUCUGAUUCUCUUUUUAAGGGCUCA